AUGGCGUGCAGGCAGGCAAGCCACUUGCCUGCAGGGGGUAUACCCUGCAGCUUGUUGGGAGGGGUUCCUCCCGGCAAGCUGGUAUAUGUACCAGCUUGUCGGGAGGGGUUCCUCCCCGGCAAGCAGGUAUAUGUACCAGCUUGCCGGGAGGAUUCCCCUUCCGACGAGCUGGUACACAAUCCAGCUCGUCGGAAGGGAAUCCUCCCCGAAGGAUUUCUCCGGGCACAUGUCCAAGAGUACAAAGCCCGAACGGAAGGCUUCCCGAUCGAGCCGCGACGAGGAUCAUUAGAAGGGGCAAAUGAGGUGGGGCGACGGACGAAGCUAUCACGGGCGACGGAGCUAAUUGCGCGACUGAAGAGUCGAGGGAAGCUGAACCAAGUGAUCUACAAUGCAUUAUUGAAUGCACUCUUCUCGACUAGAGAGUUCGAGAGCGGCUUGGAAGUCUUCAAGCUGAUGAAGCUCGAAUUAGAUUCCUCCCAAAAUGCUCACCCUGGGAUUGAACUGUUGACAUCUGAGUGA